CCACCUGAUCAAAAUUAAAGUCAUAUGGUUACGGACUUCACUCUACAAGCCUACCCUUGAAGGAAUCUAAUCAAAGAUGGACCUUUAUAUUUGGAGGAAUCCUCGUAAAGAUGGGCGGUAACAUUUUGAAAAAGAAAACAAAGCACAAGCAUUUUAGUCAGUCACCCAAGCUUCUGAGAGCAGGUACACCAUGGCAUCCCAGCCAGACCUCCCUAGCCCCAGCCUUCCCAUGAGCAUGGACUACUUCAACUGGAGCCUGCGUCUGCAGGUCAUUGGCCUAGGAUUUGGUUUCUACUCUGCCGUCUUCGUCGUGUGUCACUUGCUGUCGGUUGCCCUCUGCUCAACCUAUCGCUCACUGCCCACCAAAGAGAAGGUUUUCUGGGACUUGGCAGCCACAAGGGCAGUAUUUGGGCUCCAGAGCACAGUUGUGGGACUACGCACCCUGACAGAGGAUUCGGCUUUGUUUGAAGACAAGGUACGGGGACAGGAGGAUUGGUCGUGGUUCAAUGUGCUGACAGCCACUGGCUUCUUCCUCUUUGAGAAUGUGGCUCUGCACGCUUCCAGCGUGGCCUUUGGCAACUUUGAUGUGCCACUGGCAGUGCACCACUUCUUUGCCCUGUCAGGGUUCGCUGGGGCUGUGGUGUGGGAUUCGCUGGGCCACUUUCUGCCCAUGGUCACUCUGCUGCUGGAGAUGAGCACACCCUUCACCUGUAUCUCCUGGAUGCUUCUAAAGGCUGGUUGGGCGCGGACCUCCUUCUGGAGAGCCAACCAGUGGGUGAUGAUCCACAUGUUCCACUGCCGCAUGGUGCUCACCUACUACAUGUGCUGGGUGAGCUGGAAGCACUGGGGAGAGAUGAAGGUCCACGUGCCGCUGCCCCAGCGGCUGCUCUUCUUCACGGGCCUGGCCCUGCUCACCGUCGUCAUCAACCCCAUCUGGACCCACAAGAAGACCAUGCAGCUGCUCAACCCCGUGGACUGGAACUUCAGCGACAAGCCUGCUCCAGAGAACGGGCCUUCCAGGGAGAGGCCCAAGCAGCACACAAGCUGAGAGGUGUCAGGGCACCUAGUGGGGCUCUAGAGGAACAAACAGAAAAGCUUUAAGAUGAAGCCACACAUGGGUCACAAGAAUGUUUUUUUUUUUCUACUGCCCUUUUGGAUUGGUAUUGAGAAGUACUGAAAGGGUUCAAAGUGGACUGAUGCCCUUCAAAUGUUUUUCAGGUUAAAGUUAUCAUCAAAUUUGUAGCCACUUAUUUUUGAGUAUUUGGCUAAUGCUAUAUUUAGAAUGUUGCAAACAUGUGUUUUUCAAAGCUAGUUAGGUAGGAGGGGGUCAUUUUAUAUAGUCUCUUAACUAAAGCUCUAUUAGUCUUACAAAUUGUUAGUAUGUGGUCUAUAGGUUACCAGUAUUUUUGUGUUUGCUGGUCUGUUGGCUGUUCAAGAUUCAUAUAGCUCAACAAUCCAUGUGUUACAUUUUAGAGUGUUACGAUGUCAUGAGUGAAGGUAUGUCGUAUUUGUGAGGUUUUGUGUCAGAAACUCCAUGAAGAAUAAUGCCGUUAGCACCCGUUAGGCUUUAAACACGAGUCAGCAGUUGGAGAAUGAGGUGUUGACUAGUUAGAACACAUUCAAGCCUUGGGGCUUGACUUGUGAAGAGUCUACAUUCUUCCCAGAAAACUGGGCACAUUUUGGUCAAAACAAGAUUACUACAAAUACUUGUGAAAUAUUUGAAUCCUUUCAUACUGUAAACAUUCAGACCAUAAGUCUAAUAUCAUGUUGUCAUAUUUAAUAUUAACUCAAAAGCACUGUUAAACGAGUUCAGAAAGUAUGACUUCACUGAUUGCAGUUGUGAUGAAGCACAAAUGUGCUGUUGCCUUCCAUAGUUCAUAUUUCACCAUGAACGAGAGUACUAUAUAUUAUCAUUCAAAAUAAGCAUUUUUCUUCUCAAAUGUGUGGAUGUUAUUUAAAGUAAGCAGACAUCGAAUACAUAUCUUUUACUGAACAUUUGGCAGAGAAGGGGGGCAGUGGAGACCUUGUGAGUCCUUAAAACACUUCUGCCUGCUCUCCCCAGCCUCAUGUGUAGUAUGGGCUCACAGUAGUGGUUUGAAGUGAUACAAAGCCUUUUGUAAUGACUCAAUACCCACAUAUGUGUGCUUGAAAGUAAUUCAAAGUCACUUUGAUAUCAAACUGAUUAAUUAGUGACUUACAACUUCACAGCAAUAAAUCAGAAAGAGAAAAGAAUCAAUACAUUGUGUAACAAGUGUAAUACAUGACCCAGCAGUGGAGCCUAAAUCUACGCAUAAGGCUCUAUUUCACAUUUGUAUGCUCAAAUAGGUCAUCUAAUGUUUAACAUGAGGCUGCAUUUAGCAAUAAAAGCUCUAGUUUUUGCACCUGACAAUACAUGUUAAUGACAGUGGCCCUAGCAGUAGUAAUAUUGCCUCUUGUACACUACCUCAAUUUGUCAUAAAGUGGAGAGAAAUCAUUGUUCCACUGGCUUUUCCAUGGUUAUUGAUUUGAUCUGCUUUUAGACAGUGUUUUCCUCCAAGGGAAGGAACUUUGCUUGCACAGUUAACAUUUCAGAUGUUAGACAUUGUUGAGUCGCAUAUUAACAACUGACACACUGCCAGACUGGUCCCUUUGUUGCAGCCUUAACUGAUUAAUACCUUUUGAAAUAAUAAAUACUCCAAUCAAACCUUUUGCUCUUCUUCAUUCAAUCGUCAUUUUCAGUUCCCCUUUCAUUUGUUAGAAGGCGCUAGAUGCUAAUUCAAAUUGGGAAUUUAAGCUGACACAGGCACAAGAGAGUGGAUUGCCUCUUUAAGAAUGGCCUUUGUCCAAACUGCUUCGUGGAUUUUCUCGUGUAUCUAAUCUGUGUUUGGGUUUUUAUAAAUGUGCCUUAUCCAUAUUCGAAUCACCUUAUGCCCUUGGGAAAUGUGUGGUUCACUCCUUGUUUAUGGUGUGGUAAAAGGAAGUGAUUAUUGCUAUAUUGUGGCACGAGUGUCAUUGAAACUGUAAAUGUUUAAACUGUUGGAAAAACAUUGGCAAUGGACCCCCCUCCAAGACCGAUACAGAUGAAAUAACUUGAACAUCAGCAAACGUAUUAAAGCUUUACUUUUUAAACAUCUA